AUGGUGACCACCACUUCGGCUUCUGCCACUUCAAGUUGCCACGCGAAGCUGUACGACAUCCCCACCCACGAUGCCGCCUGUGCAAUGCCGAUGAAGAGCAACUACUCUUCGAUCAUGACCGAAUGCUGCUCAUCUGCCUCUGUGGUUGAGUACGACGACUGCGACUAUUAUUGUCUCGCACAAGGCCAGAGUGUCGGCACCCUGGCCGAAUGUCUCAUCAAGGCCUCUGAGCCCGGUGAGGUCUGGUGCAAUACCAAUGCCAAUGCCACCGCGACGGCCACGGGCACUGCGACUGGCACUGGGGUAGUUACUUUAGGCACGACAACCAUCGGAGCAACUUCGACUGCUUCUGGUACCUCAAGUGGUUCUUCUUCCACCUCAACUUCGACUUCUGGUGCCCAUACCAUGCGUCCUCGUUCGAUCUCCAAGUCUGCGAUUGGGAUGAUUAGCAUUUUGCUAGUUGGCUCAGCUACUGGACUCUUCAUCUAG